CGCUCCCUUAUCUCGAAGGGGCACGUGGGGGGGCUACCUCCAACUUCGAUUGUGUUUGCAGUGGUGUCAGCAUUUCAAUUUCAUAUUCCUUUCAGGCUCUUGGGCUGUUCUUGAGAAGGCUUGACUACCUACCUAGGUAGGUACAAUGCUUAUUCAAAUACCUAGGUAGCUGCGGCCCACAACCCGUUCCUGCGUUCAUUGUCUGGGACAUAGCACAACUCUCCUCCGCGCCGCCGCUUGCUGAUUUCCCUUAUCGGCAACGUGAAUUGAUUCUGAGACGGACCCGAGCAGCUCCUCCCUUUACGUGUUUCCUCAGCGGAUUUAAACCAGGUGCAAGCCGAAGGAUCUUAGCUGUGCGAGACGAACCCCUGAUUCUCAGCAACUGCUUUGGAUGUGACAGGAUGUCGGUUAUCCAACUCGAAGAUCUGGUCUUGUACCAGUUACGGACCAGUUACCUGAAUGACAUCGCCGAUGGUGUAGGGGAGCGCCUGUUCACCCUGAACGAGGGCUUCCUUAAUUCGGCUCCGUUCAAGGCUACAGGGUGGCGCCCGAACCCGGCUCUCAUUAAGCGAACUCACUCGCCCCCGAUCCCAACGGCAGUCGCGUCUGAGUAUUUCCAGGCGCCUCGACGUCCCGGUCUAACCCUCGAAGACGAAGGAGAAGAAGCCGGUCUUUUCCCCGGCAGUGCCGCGGACACCGUCGGCCCUAGCAUGGCAACGAAGCGUCGCCGGCGCAGGGAGCAGAUGGAGGAAGAUGACAGCAGUGAUCUCAGUGACGAGAGCGACGAUGAGCCGGACCAGCGCGCUGCUCAGCAGAUCAAGUUUGCAAAGAUGCCUGUGCGGAAUCGCUCCGGAUCCUCGCCGCUGCAGUCGUCUAUCCUCCGCCAGACCGCUCUCUCAUCGCCCCGUCCAGCCGCAAGGAGGGGGUCGCAGUCUGCAUUGGAAACAGUAAAGGAGAGAGCCCGGCGUGACACCGUCACAAGCAGCGAGGUAUCGUCAGAGAACGAGUUUGAUGCAUCGGCCUUCCAUAAGCACAGAGAGGCCGCGCGAGCUGCUGCCGCCCGUGCUGCCAAACUAUCUGUCAAGCUCAACACGGAGCCUACCGAGGGCAUCAAGCGCCAGGGUAGCGACCCCCUCGAGGAGGAAGAGGAGGACGAUUCCGACGCUUCCGACAUGUCUUCGGCGUUCAUCGAGAGCAUUGAUUCCGCAUCGAUCUUGGACGCCGUGAAGAACCCCCUGAAUCAAGGGUCCCUCCGAGACCAAGUAGUGGGCACUCCGCCUCGUGAAUUCACCAGGCGAUCGACGAUACGCAGAUCGGCCAUGCCUGCUCCGCUGCAGAUCUCUGUGGGAGAGCUGCCGCCCCCACGGCCUAUGAGCACCAUUCGGCCUCUGAGCACAAUACAGCCCAAGAGCUUACUCUCCGCUGCCCUCAACGCGAAGAAGACCAAACCUGCGCUCCCUUUCGACAGUUUUGCCUCCCUGUCGGGGCAGGGCGACCCCAACCCUGUCAUGCUUCGAAUCUAUGCUCCCUUUUCCACGACGCCCUCCAAACCAUUUGAGGUCCUUAUUCGCCGGACAGUCCACCAAGGCGAGGGAGGGGACAGGCCUGUGACGGUUGCGGACUUGAUUGGCCUCAGCCUCUGGCGCUACAACGAGGAGAAACUAGAGCCUCCUCUUCCUAGUGACAAGCUGAACGUCAAUUGGUGGACACUGCGCAUGGUCGAAGAGGACGGCGAAGUCGACGAAGACUUCCCGCCCCUCGACCGCAACAAGGGGCUGGUUUCGUUCACCACAGCGAAUAACAAGGCCGGACGGGCGCGCUCGAACUCCAAGGUCUACGACAUCUUCGCGCUAGUCCAGGCGUCGCCCGAGGAGUUUGAGGAGAAUAAACGCAACACACCGCAAUUUGAGCAGGAGGCGGCUGCGGCAGAAGACGACAAGGACCUCACGCCCCGGAACACACCGCGGCCGGAUGCUAGCAUGCUUCCCCCCGCGCAACCUCGCGAGAACCCGCUGCUGAACACGGCAUACCGCGCGAAUACAACCAUUUUUGCAGACACACCCCAAUCAACUCAGCCUGCAAAUGUUCCCUCCCGGGGCGAGAAGCGACUCCUGCGCAUUCACAUCCAUUCCUCUGAUGUUGCUCCGGGCCAAAUGAUUACGCUAGAUGUGAGCACCGACACCUGGCUGGCCGAGGUUCUCGACAUUGCCUGCAGGAAGCGGCAGCUGGACAAGGCGAAUCAUGUCCUCAAGCUUCCACAUUCCGGCACAGUGGUGUUGCUCGACCGGACAGUUGCAUCACUUGGCAACGUCACCGACCUGGACCUCUACAGGCGUCGCUUCGCUACCGACGGACCCCUCAUGGCCGGAUCACUUAGCAGUUCCUCUCCCAGGCCGCCUCUGCUUAGCGACAAUUCUAGCUGGACCAAGACGAAAAGGACCAAACUCCUGGGGACGCAUCCGUUGGCGAAGGAGGUCCUGAAGCAGGAUGAGCUAGGAGUCGGGUCCAACUACAAGAAGUACACAGUCUGGCGGAAGCAGCCGAUGCGGCUGUUGUCUGAGAAGCUCUUUGCCAUUGACGGCGAGUACAUCCACAUCAUGCCCGCCUCGGGCGGCAAGCUGGCCGACGUGGACGGGAAAUCGACCACGGUCUCCCGGAAGCAUCCAACAAACUUCAAGCUGGUUGUGUAUAAAUCAACAGAGAGCAAGAGGUACGACUUUGUCACCAGCAGCCCGGAAUAUGCAGCCGAGAUCGUCGAGGAGCUCAAGAAAGGCAUCUCGCCCUACCGGGAAGUCUGA